CCUGAAACAAAUGUGUGUGUUAAAAAAGUACAGAAUCAUCUCGUAUAUUUUUUAAUACAUCUUUUAUAUAUCUUUGUCAUUAUAAGUAAUCGUAUAUCAAUCGUUUCUCUAUGUGAUGUCACAUCCUUUUGCCGCUCUUCUCCAGUAGAGACUAGUUUCGAUCUCUAUACCACUUUCAAUACGACACCAAAUAAAGAUCGAAAACUGGUAAUCUUGAAGUAUAACAUGAAAAGCACUAGCUGUUGAGAAAUUAUCUGUACCAGUAUCGGACCGCGAUCGAAUGUGAGCGUUCAAAAAGAAGAAAAUUGCAAGUGCAACGAAAAUACGAAAAUAAAAGACGUUCCAUAACAGUUAAACAAUAAAAUCUCAUCUUUGAUCUAUUCAUCUGUAAACAUGAGACGAUUCGCGAUUGCCAUUAUAUUGCAAGUUUCUCUAAGGAUCAGCGCAUUAUACACAAUCGAAUGUCCGAUAGAAUUGCAGAAAGACAUCGUGAAAUAUAGCGAAAAAACAAAGCCACUGCAAGUAAGCUGCACAAUGCAGCUCUUGUGUCUGUCGGAAGAUCUGACGAAUCACGAGAACCGCAAUCGAAGAUAUCAGGUACACGAGUACGAUCCUGAUGACAAAGCGAUGUGCGAAGUAAAGCUCAAAAUCAAUAUUGCGAGAAAUCUGAGCGCUAUUGAGACAAAAGAAGAAAAUCCGUGUGCUAGGCUUGCACAUCACGAACAUUCGAAAUUACUACCUCAUUCAACUAACUGCAGCUUGUUCUACAAAUGUAACUGGGGCGUGCCAAUGCUCUUCGAGUGUCCGAAGGAAUUGCACUUUAAUCCCGUUCUCCAGGUGUGCGACUGGCCCUGGCAGGCCGGUUGUAACUCGACCUGGAUCGGUUGCCCGCGGCCGUUUCCACGAUGCCCAAGUUAUUAUCCGGGACCGCUGUUAGUGCCGCAUCCCUUCCUAUGCGAUCGAUUCUAUCAGUGCAAUUGGGGAACGCUUCGAUUACGGAAGUGUCCUAACGGACUUUACUUCGACUCACAUCUUAAAGUGUGUGACUGGCCUUACAAUUCGAAUUGUCAGAUUUGCUGAGAUCAUAAGAAGAAACGUGAAACAUUGUAUUAUAAAUUAAUUCCUCAAAGCUUUAAACACACAAAACAUUUCGACUAUCUGUAUGUUUGUUAAAAAACAAGGCUGAAGAGAGUAAUAUUUAUAUACUGAUGAAACAGUAAUAGUUUAUAAAUGCAUAUAUCUUAUUGUAAUAAUUUAUUAAUAAGUUCAUCUCAAUAUGUUCAACUUACGUA